CUCCAGCUUCCUUGUACACCCAGCCAGGAAUCAGAUGUAAUCUUUGUAUGUGUGUGAACAGUAUUUGCAAAUUCACUCAGAUAACAAUAGUGCUGGUGUGCUGUGCCGGUACAGCAUGGGUUUGCACUCAGAUUACACUCAGACUAUCCUAGCCCACACCCUGCACUACACCGAGGCACAGAGCAGCAAUGAGCUAUUACUGAGCCAGCAGCCCGAGGAAGGGACAGCUCUCCAGAAUCACUGAAUCAUGACUCUCAGUGGAUACUGGUCCCAGUUUGAGAAGGAGUUCCUGGCCGCGCACAAUGAUUACCGUCAGCAGCAUGGAGCCCCGGCCCUGAAGCUCAGCCGUGACCUCAGCGAGGCUGCGCAGGAAUGGGCAGAGCACCUGCUGAAGAUCAGAGCCUUGAAGCACGGCUCCACAGGAGAGAACCUGUACUUCGGCAGCAGCUCUACGCCCAAGGAGGUGUCAGGGAAGGAUGCUGUGGGCUGCUGGUACAGCGAGAUUAAGGACUACGACUUCAGCAAACCUGGAUUUGGAUUCAAUACAGGUCACUUCACCCAGGUAGUGUGGAAGAGCUCCACUGAGGUGGGGGUGGGGAAGGCCACUGAUGGGAAGAUGACCUUUGUGGUGGGGCGAUACAGCCCCCCUGGGAACAUCUCCAAUCCUGGGUACUUCCAGGAGAACGUCCUGCCCAAGGGCAGCUCAGUGGGCAAGGAGAUGCCCAGCAGUGGCACGGCCCCCACUGCUGCAGCCCUGAAGAAGCCAGGCAGUGCCCCCGCCCGACCCCCUCCCUCUGCGGGGCAGAGCUCUGGGUUCAAGGCAGAGGUGUUGGAGGCUCACAACGCUUACCGCCGGCAGCACGGAGCCCCCCCGCUGCGCCUGGAUGCGGGGCUGUGCCGCGAGAGCCAGGAAUGGGCCAAUCAUCUUCUCAGCCUCCGCGCCCUGCAGCACAGCGACACCAGCUACGGGGAGAACAUCUGGUACAAGUGGAGCUCCAACAAGACAGAUGCCACAGGUGAAGAGAUUGUGGAGUCGUGGUACAACGAGAGCAAGGAUUACGAUUUCAAACACCCAGGCUUCCAGAGCAACACAGGUCACUUCACCCAGGUGGUUUGGGUAGGCUCGCAGAGGAUGGGCAUCGGCAAGGCGACAGACGGUGAAGGAAUGGUGAUCGCAGUGGCUCGCUACGACCCGGCUGGUAACAUCUCCAACGCGGGGUACUUUGAGAAGAAUGUGCUGCCCAAGGGUACCCCGCCAGCAGGGGGUGCCAGCGGGGACCCAGAGCCAAAGCAGAAAGGGAAUGGGGCAGCUUCAGCGGGGAACAGCCGCGUGGCAGGCUCAGGCAGCUUUGUGCAGGGCUUCCUAGAGUCGUGUAACGAGCGGCGGUCUGCUCACGGAGCCAAGCCCCUGACCGAGAACCCUGAGAUCAGCAGGGGGGCGGAGAGCUGGGCCCGGCACCUCCUCUCCCUGCACAGGCUCAAGCACUCCACCACCUCCCACGGGGAGAACAUCUGGGCCAAAAUGGGCGGGGCGGACGCCACGCUGACAGGGCAGGAGGUAGUGGAUACCUGGUAUGAGGAAAUGAAGAACUACGACUUUUCCCAACCGGGAUACCAGGAGAAAACAGGGCACUUCACCCAGCUGGUGUGGCGCGGGUCUCGCACGGUGGGGGUGGGCAGUGCCUCGGACGGGAAGGGCACGGUCAUCGUUGUGGCGCAGUUCCAGCCCCCCGGGAACAUCACCAACCCCGGGUUCUACGCGCGCAACGUCCUGCCCGCCGGGUCGAAGGUCACCGACCAGCCCGAAGAGGAGGCUGUUGGGAAGAAGACCGUGGGCGGCAGCGUCGCCCCCAUACCAGAAAAGGAGCUGGAUCGCUUCUCUCUCUCUCUGCUGGACACAGUGAACCGGUUCAGGAAGCAGCACGGGGCGGGACCCCUCAAACGAAACCCCGCCCUCUCCAAGGAGGCGCAGGAUUGGGCGGAACACCUACUGCAAAUCAAAGCCCUGCAGAGCAGCGACACCGAGCACGGAGAGAACCUCUGGUACCGCUGGGCCUCCAGCACAGCGCCCCCUACAGGUACGGAGGUGGCAGAGUCCUGGUAUAAAGAAUGCAGCAAAUAUGAUUUCAGCUCUCCAGGCUUCACGAGCGGGGCAGGGAACUUCACUCAGAUGAUCUGGAGGGCCUCGUUGCAGGUGGGAACAGGAGUGGCGACGGACGGAAAGGGAAUGUUCAUCGCCGUCGCGUUCUACGAUCCCCCCGGAAACAUCGCCAACGAAGGCUACUUCCAGGACAACGUGCUUCCCAAGGGGAGCGUUCUCUAGAGGCAGGACGGGGAGUGUGCUGAGGAAGCACGGACCAGGAUCACAUUGUCAGGCUUUGUUUUAAACAGCACAGUUUCCCUGUUUCCCUUCCAAAACCCCUGUGAUAGCAGCUGUGUGAUUUCCUCAUCUAAUCUAAACCUCUAUUUGUAAUGUAACACAUUGAAACCCAUUGCUUCUCUCCUUCAGUCACUCUGUGUGCAACUGGAACCCUGUUCAGUUUCCUAGCUAUGUGUCUGUGUUGUAAUGCAUAUAUUUGUUUUUGUCAAAGUUGUUGGCAGGGCCAUUAAAUUAUAAAUAAUAAAAAAA